AUGUACGCAUUCAGUGAGGUGGCAAAAGCAAUUGCAAGACACAUAGCCCUUGCACUUGACCUUGAGAGCAACUUUUUUUAUCAGCAAAAAAUGCUUGGCAAGCCUAUUGCCACGUUGCGCCUGCUACAUUAUGAAGGUCUAACAUCUGAUCCCACAAAGGGAUUAUAUGGAGCCAGUGCCUAUUCUGGUUUUGGUUUGAUUACCCUUUUGGCCACAGAUGAUGUUGCUGGUCUCCAAAUAUGCAAGCAUAAGGAUGCCAAACCUCAGAUCUGGGAACAUGUGGUACCAUUGAAAGGGUGGGACGACAUUGCAUCGACUUUUGGGGAAUGGUCAAAGAUAUUCUGCAACUUUUUUAGCUUUCAAGUGGGAGCACAUAAGCUCAACAUUUACGAAGGAUUGAAGAUUAUAAAUGUUCAUGUUAAGUUUACUACUUUCCCAAAGCAUAUCCAUCUUUUGGCUGCCAAAGUUCAGCUGGAAAUUCUUCAAGUUACUAUGCCAAUGAGGCAUGUGCUCACUGCUUAG